CUUUAUGUACGUGGUCAAAUUAGUAUAAUGUCUUUACAAAAUCCAGAUGCUGAAUCAGACCGCAAUGUAGAGAUAUGGAAAAUAAAAAAAUUGAUAAAAAGCUUGCAAGCUGCGAGAGGAAAUGGAACCAGUAUGAUUUCGUUAAUCAUUCCUCCAAAAGAUCAGGUCUCUAGAAUUGCUAAAAUGCUUGCUGAUGAAUUUGGUACUGCAUCUAAUAUAAAAAGCAGAGUUAACCGAUUGUCUGUCCUUGGUGCAAUUACAUCUGUUCAACAAAGACUGAAAUUAUAUAACAAAGUUCCCCCAAAUGGACUAGUUGUAUAUUGUGGGACAAUCGUCACAAGCGAGGGCAAAGAAAAAAAAGUUAAUAUUGAUUUUGAACCUUUUAAGCCUAUAAAUACAUCCCUGUAUUUAUGUGACAAUAAAUUUCACACUGAGGCAUUAACAGCACUUCUAGAAGAUGACAACAAAUUUGGUUUUAUUGUUAUGGAUGGUAAUGGUUCAUUAUUUGGAACUUUGUGUGGAAAUACAAGAGAUGUACUUCAUAAAUUUAGCGUUGAUCUUCCAAAAAAACAUGGUCGUGGUGGUCAAUCAGCUCUUCGUUUUGCUCGCCUUAGAAUGGAAAAACGUCAUAAUUACGUCCGUAAAGUUGCCGAAACUGCUGUACAGAUGUUUAUAACUAAUGAUAAAGUCAAUUGCACUGGUCUUGUUAUAGCUGGGUCAGCUGACUUCAAAUCAGAACUCAGUCAGUCAGAUAUGUUUGAUCAGAGAUUACAAGCAAAAAUACUAAAAGUAGUUGAUGUUUCAUAUGGUGGUGAAAAUGGAUUUAAUCAGGCUAUUGAGUUGUCUGCAGAAGUCCUCUCAAAUGUCAAAUUUAUACAAGAAAAAAAAUUGAUUGGACGAUAUUUCGAUGAAAUAUCUCAAGAUACUGGAAAAUUCUGCUUUGGAGUUGAUGACACAAUGAAAGCUUUGGAAAUGGGAGCUGUGGAAACUCUGAUAGUCUGGGAAAAUCUAGACUGCCAAAGGAUAGUACUAAAAAACCAUAACUCUGAAGAGGAUAAAAUACUAAUGUUAAAUACAGAACAAGAGAAGGACAGAACGCACUUUCUUGACAAAGAGACCAAUGUCGAAAUGGAAGUUCUAGAUAAAAUUUCAUUAAUUGAAUGGUUGGCCAAUAAUUAUAAAACCUUUGGCGCCCACUUAGAAAUAGUGACAGACAAGUCGCAGGAAGGUUCUCAAUUCUGUCGAGGAUUUGGUGGAAUUGGAGGCCUUCUAAGAUAUAAAGUUGAUUUUCAAUCCAUGGAGUACGAUGGAUUGGAUGAUUUAGACUUCUAUGACGACGAUGAAGAUAUUUUUUAGGCAGUUGUUAUUUUGUAAUAAUAUUAAUACAUUAAAGAAAUAAACAUGUUAGAAAAAUGAAAA